UUUUAAAAAGACACGUUACAGUGUUUCUUUUGUACUUUCACCUCCCACCGCCGUGAUGUGGCACAGCGCCGCAUCCAAUCAGCGAGAUGAGGAGAACACCCACACCCCAGAAUCUGAAUGCGGCUUUGGCGCAUUAUAAAUACCACUUGUGAUGCACCGGCAAGUCUUGGUCGUGAGGAAGCUCAGGGUUGCAGUAGUACAUCAGUCUUUUUUCUUUCCAUAACAAAGAAGACCAUCAUCCAUCUUUUAUUUAUUUAUUUGCUUCUCCCCAAUUUCAGUUAAUUUCAGGCCAGUUGCAUGCAUUGUUCGUCUCCCAAAAUGGUUUGCGAGACUAAAAUCGUUGCAGACGAUCACGAGGCCAUAGCUGGGACAAAAAAAGAUUCAAUUAUAGUUUCCUCCUCGCAAAUGUGGACGUCUUCUCCCAGUGCGAUCGAGAAUAAGGUUGAAAAACGGAACCAGGUUUUUAUUCGCGAAUUUGAACGCUCGGACCAUGAGGAGGUGCGCCGGAUCUUCAACGAGGGAAUCAUGGAGCGGAUACCUAAUUCGGCAUUUCGGGGUCUAAAACAGCAAACUAGAACCCAAAUUAUCUAUGCCUUUCUCACAGUAAUGUGCUAUGUUAUGACCAAAUCCUUCACACUGACCUUCUGCGCACCGUUUAUUCUAAUGGGUGCACGUUAUUACUACAGCAGAAAAGUCAUUCUCGAAUACCUGGACUGCGCUCUGCACACUGAUAUGGCUGACAUUGAGGAGUAUUACAUGAAACCCACAGGCUCUUGUUUCUGGGUGGCAGUUUUGCAAGGCCAAGUGGUGGGCAUCGUGGCAGCGCAAGGUCGAGAGGACGACAACACCUUGGAACUCCGUCGCAUGUCUGUGGACUCUCGCUUCCGUGGAAAAGGCAUCGCCAAGGCCCUGGGUCGACGAGUUCUAGAAUUUGCCAUGUUAAACAACUUCUCAGCCGUGGUUCUGGGAACAACUGCAGUCAAGAUGGCCGCCCACAAGCUGUACGAGUCUUUGGGUUUCCGGCGAGUGGGGGAUACUGACGACCACACGCUGCCAGGAAUGACCCGUUCACCGCUGGAGAGGCUCUUCUUCCAAAUUCGCUAUAGUCGGUACCGAUUGCAGCUUCACGAAGAGUGAGAGACAGAGGGUUAACAUGAGCGCAGAAGAUAGAAUAUAAACGACAAUGCCGGCAAUGACCCUGAACCACCCACUGACCCGGUCCUCUUCUUCUACCUAUUUAUUUAUAUUUUUGUU